AUUCGCCUUCUUUAAACAAAGAUAGCGGGUACCUUAACCGCAUUAUUCUGCGAAGCUCAACAGUCCGUUAAAAAUUGCAACACGAAGCGAUAGAAAAUGGCAGAUGGAGAAGAUAUUCAGCCACUUGUUUGUGACAAUGGGACUGGAAUGGUGAAGGCCGGAUUUGCUGGAGAUGAUGCUCCAAGAGCAGUGUUCCCCAGCAUAGUCGGUCGCCCUCGACAUACCGGUGUGAUGGUUGGCAUGGGCCAAAAGGAUGCUUAUGUGGGAGACGAAGCUCAAUCCAAAAGAGGUAUUUUGACCCUGAAGUACCCUAUUGAGCAUGGUAUUGUUAACAAUUGGGAUGAUAUGGAGAAAAUCUGGCAUCAUACGUUCUAUAACGAGCUCCGAGUUGUCCCCGAGGAACAUCCAAUUCUCCUCACGGAAGCCCCUCUUAACCCCAAGGCUAAUCGUGAGAAAAUGACUCAAAUUAUGUUCGAAACAUUCAAUGCCCCCGCGAUGUAUGUUGCUAUCCAGGCUGUUCUUUCCUUGUAUGCCAGCGGUCGUACAACAGGUAUUGUUUUGGACUCCGGAGAUGGUGUGAGCCACACAGUUCCUAUCUACGAAGGCUACGCUCUCCCUCAUGCCAUCUUGCGUCUCGACCUAGCCGGUCGAGAUCUCACUGAUGCCCUCAUGAAAAUCUUAACGGAACGUGGCUAUUCCUUCACCACGACCGCUGAGCGUGAAAUCGUGAGGGACAUAAAAGAGAAGCUUGCUUACAUUGCUCUUGACUUUGAGCAAGAGCUCGAGACCGCGAAAACCAGCUCCUCUGUGGAGAAAAACUACGAGCUACCAGAUGGACAGGUUAUUACCAUCGGGGCUGAACGGUUCCGCUGUCCCGAAGUCCUCUUCCAGCCAUCCAUGAUUGGGAUGGAAGCUGCUGGCAUUCAUGAAACCACGUACAACUCCAUCAUGAAGUGUGACGUGGAUAUCCGAAAGGAUCUGUACGGAAAUAUUGUCCUCAGUGGUGGCACCACUAUGUUCCCUGGAAUUGCCGACAGGAUGAGCAAGGAAAUCACGGCACUAGCUCCAAGCAGCAUGAAGAUUAAAGUGGUUGCACCACCGGAGAGGAAGUAUAGCGUUUGGAUCGGAGGCUCCAUUUUGGCAUCUCUCAGUACCUUCCAGCAGAUGUGGAUUGCAAAGGCAGAGUAUGAUGAGUCUGGCCCAUCAAUUGUCCACAGGAAAUGCUUCUAGUUAUUCAUAAAGCAAGAGAUUGGGUGAUGAGAUAUCAACAGUGCACAUUUUGGUAUAAAGGCAAUGCUAAUAAACCAACUAGGUUGCUGUUUUAUCUUUUUCUUUUCCCCUUUCGGUUGCUUUUUUUUCCUGUUCAUGUUUGGAAAAAA